UAUAAUCAAGAAAAAGAUGGAUGAUCACAAGCCACCAAACCAAGCUGAACUGCUUGAAUCUUUGCACCAGGAGUGGCAUAAAGUUAUCCAAAAUCAGUGUGCAAGACUGGUGGAGGAGAACACGCCACCACACAUGAAAACUGUGAUUGUUUCAACGUUGAAAAAACAACAGACAUUACUUUAGUCACAUUUUAACCACAUUUCAACGUUGAAGGUCGGUUGUGUGCCAGCUGGGAUGAAGCACAUGUAUCAGUGCACAGAUUGAAGAGCAGUGCAGAGUGAAUCCGGUGAGGUGGAGCGGUGUAAACAGGCUGAGCUCAUGAAUAAAGAAGUGUUAAACCUAUAUCUUUCAUCUGCUUCCUUUAUCUGCGUGCUGAGUGAAAGGGGGCUUUGGGUGGGCAACAGAGCGACGGUGGCGCGCGUCCACGCCUCCUCACCUAACGCUGCGCGGUCCGGGGCGGCGGAGCGGCGCGCACCUUCGGGGAUGGAGCUGUAGCACAGACACCUUGAGGGAUGGAAAUGGCAGAGUGUAUAAAAAGGAGCCGGCGGUGGACAUGCCCAGCGCGAGCUGAGGACGGAGCGCGAGGACACGCGCGGGGCUCCUUCUUUAGAAUUACUAGAAAUAAAUACAUUUUAAAAAGCAUGUUGUGCGGCUUUGCACUCUUCUCUAAGUUGGAUCUCUUUUUUUCUUUAUAAAACAGUUUUUCUGACCCGCUUUAAGACUUCUGAAGAUUCUUCCAGAAAUCCUGGACUUUCUGAGGGGAAUUAGACCCAGCUCCUCUUUAUUCAAGCUUAGAUUUAGCCCCUGUUCAUUCCUUUGGCUCCUCAGGGAUUCACUUAUGAACUUUUUCUUCAUCCACUUUCUUCACUAUUCUUCCCCGAUUCAGCUACAGCAUGGAGCCCUACUCAUCUUCAGCCAACGGGGUUUCAUACACCGAAUCCACAGAGGCAGUGACGGAGCCUGGAGACCCCUCAGAGAAUGAAGACCCCUUCGCAGGUCCCCUGAAGUCCAUCGCCCCCUGGAACUACACUUUCCUGGCGUGUCUGAUGUUCGUCGUGACUUCUGUCUCACUCUUUGAAAACUUCACCGUCAUGCUGGUCACCUACAAGUUCAAGCAACUGAGGCAGCCGCUCAAUUACAUCAUCGUUAACCUGUCCGUGGCUGAUUUCUUCGUCUCUCUGAUCGGAGGAACUAUAAGUUUCCUCACGAACUCAUGUGGCUACUUCUUCCUGGGCAGGUGGGCGUGUGUGCUGGAGGGAUUUGCUGUCACUUUCUUCGGGAUUGUGGCUCUCUGGUCUUUGGCAAUUCUGGCAUUUGAGCGUUUCUUUGUGAUCUGCCGGCCACUGAAAAACGUUCGUUUGGGGGGAAAACAUGCGGCACUGGGUCUUCUGUUUGUCUGGACAUUUUCCUUCAUCUGCACCAUUCCUCCAGUGUUUGGCUGGAACAGCUACACAACCAGCAAGAUUGGCACCACUUGUGAACCAAACUGGUACUCAACAGACUACUAUGACCACACCUACAUCAUUGCGUUCUUCGUCACCUGCUUUAUCCUUCCUCUGGGAGUAAUUAUUGGCUCUUAUGCUAAACUCAUGCAGAAGCUCAAAAAGGUAUCCAACACCCAUGGAAGGCUGGGUAAUGCUCGGAAACCGGACAGAGCAGUAGCACGGAUGGUCAUUGUAAUGAUAAUUGCUUAUAUGGUCGGCUGGACACCUUACGCUGCAUUCUCCAUCACUGUUACCGCCUGUCCCACCAUCCAUAUUGACCCUCGCCUUGCUGCAGCACCAGCCUUCUUCUCUAAGACUGCAGCUGUCUACAACCCUGUCAUUUAUGUCUUCAUGAACAAACAGUUCAGGAAGUGCCUGAUUCAGAUGUUCAAAGGCAACGGGGCCAACAUAGACUCCUCCCACAUGAACCAGACUUCGGACAAAGGGGGCGCCACAGCGGAGAGUCACUUAGGGGAAAUGUCCACAAUCGCUGCCCGCGUGCCCAUGACCUUGAGCAACUUGGAAAAGACUGAAGAAGAAGAUGAGGAUGAUGAGAAGGACCAGAACGAAAACGGAGGUUCCAUGCAGCUCCCCCUAUCAGAGAGCAGAUUGUGUCCUCUAUAGAGCAGCGUUGCCCUCAGUGAAGCCUGAGGCCUGUAGUCGUACCUCUCUGCUCAGUAGCGUUCCACCUUUCAGUCAGCCUGUAAAACAGCAGAGAAGAGACCUGCUUUCUAGAGGAGGAGUGCAUGUGUACAACGUGGAUAUUAUUGUGUUUGCCUUUACUGUUCCAGAUUCCAGUGCAAGGAAACAUCUAAGUGUUUGUGUUUAUUUGCCAUUCUUGCACUAUAAAAAGCUACACUGUGAUAUAUUUUGAGGGUAAGAUUUAGAAUAUUUCUAUGUAUACUUGUCACCAAAAUAAAAGUUGCACCCAGAUUGGAUUGUAAAGCUAUUUGGAAGGAGGUUAAAAGUUACCAGGGAUAAUAAAUGAUUAAUUGAGCUACACGUACAUAAGCUGUGUCCCUCAGUUUGCUGAAGAAACAUGCCAUACAUUUUGGCUUAGAGUUGUAGCGCAUAUUACAUCACAUUACCUUACUUUACACAGUACUUAGCGGAUGUUUUUUCCAUAGCGACAUACAUAUAAUGAUGUACAUUAGAAAUAGAUAACAUAUACGUACAAGGCAAACAAAUUUUUGGGGUUUGAGGCCAAAGGGUAAAAGUUGAAUAGAGGAGGAAAGGAGGUUAGAAGUAGUUAGUUUGUUAUAGGUGUAAGGAGAGUAAGAGCUCUUUGAAGAGCUCAGUCUUCAGGAGUUUCUUAAAGGUAGGGAGGGAAGCUCCUGCUCUGGCAGUGGAAGGUAGCUUGUUGCACCAUUAGGGAACUUGGGCAAAUGUUGGGCAAAGCUAGGCGACAUUCACCGGAGGAGCGCAGUGGCCGGAAGGGGAACAUAAGCCUUUAAGAGCAGGUGCAGGUAGGAGGGAGGUGCUCUGUCAUCUCAUUGUAGGCAAUUGUAAGAGCUUUGAGUUUAAUCCGAGCACCAACUGUCGCCAGUAGAGCUCAACAAGUAGUGGGGUGACAUGUGAAGACCAGGCAUGCUACUGAAUUCUGGACCAUCUGAGCAGGCCAGAGAGGCAGUAAAGAUGGAAAAAUAAAGAGGUCCUAUUACUGAGCUCUGAGGAGCCCCAGUGGAUAAUGAGUGGGCUGAGGACAUCUGUCCUAUCCACAACAUCUUGAAUAAACGCCCAGUGAGUUAUGAUAUGAACGAUGAUAUCACAUUUCCCGACAUACCCAUGUUUGAGAGUAUGAAUAGUAGAAAGUCAUAAUUGACAGUGUCUGUGAGUACUGAGGACUGUCCUGCAGCUCUGGCAGUUUUUAAUACUUCUGUCACAGACAACACAGCCAUUUCAGUGGAGUGCCCUUUUUUAAAACCUGAUUGGUUCUUCUCCAGGAGGUUAUUCUGGCAGAGGAGACCUGAUUGACGGUUGCUCUUUCUAUUGUUUUAGAAAGAACCUGGGCAGGGUUGAGAGAAGGUUUUUAAGCAGUGGUGUGACUUGGGCUUGUUUAUAGGCAGACUGGAAUCCACCCGUAGUUAUAGAGACAUUGAUUAUGUGUGUGAGAGCAGAGAUGAUUGCAGGUGCAGUGGUUUGUAAUAGCUCUGUAGGAAUUGGGUCAAGUGGACAUGUAGUAGGAUGGCUACAGGAGAAGGUAGGGUUUUGGGUCAAGGGAUACCGAAGAGCAGAGCAUGUAUUAGAACUGCUAUGUUUGCAUCAGUGAACUGGUUGCAGACGGCCACCACUUUCUCAGAAGAAAAUGAGGCUGUGUUUCAGCUGUAAGGCAGGUAGCUGUAGGAGAAGGUGGAGGGUUCAGUAGUGUUUUAAAUAUUGCAAAUAGCAGACAUCCCAAAUUGCAAAAGUUGAUUUCAGGGAGGAUACAACCCCCCCCCCCC